ACUUACUGUAGAGGGGUUUUGUUUUGUGAUAGUGCUAAGUUGCUAACUUAACCACACCACAGGCCACAGACACAAAAGGGGAAGUGGUCAGAACAAAAGAAAAGCUCAUAAACUCUGCGGAAGAAUCAGAGAGAGAGAGAGAGAGAUGAGAGACUUAAAUUGGAGGGGCAGCACAGCAGAGAAGAGCAUGGCGGCGUUUGCAGUGCUGUAAAUCGUGCUUUUGGGAUUGUGGCUCCUCUUUUAUUAAUGCACCUUGCCUUUGCUUUGGCCGAAAGAGAGUUACACAACACCAAAGAGUUGAAGGCGCGAUUAGCCCUGCCCCGACACUGUUCCUCCUUCAAAUCAAUUCACCCUUUCCCCAACCAUAACAGCUACUACUACUUACUUAAGGAUAGGAAUCCAAAAUCCAGAGAGAGAAAAAGAGACACACACAGCACACAAAAACCAAAGAAUACUAUGUAGUAGUAGCAGUGAUUUCUAGGAAAAAAAAUUAAAUUACACCUACUAGUUGUGCCGUUGUCUCACUCUCAAUUUGAAAAUUAAUUGAACCAAGCAGAAGUAGUAGAGGCAGAUUUGGUUAUUUUUUUUUAAAUUUAUUUAUAUGUAAAUUUAAAAUUGAGUUUAGCGUGGGGUUGGUUGGUCAGCGAUCGAGGUAGUCUUGAUAUGGAUUUAGUGUCACAAUUGAGGUCAGGGUCAGGCAUAGUUAAGGAGGUAGAAGAAUGGCGGGUUUAUUCUCAUUAGGCGGUGGAGGAGGGAGAGGGAACAGCAACAGCCAAGAGGAUCAGCCGCAGGAAAUUCCUCCUCCCGACACCUUAUUCUGGUAUAACAAAAAUGACGAUGUUUCCUCUUACCGAGGUUUCGAGCUAUGGAACCAACAACACCAGCAGCAACAACAACUCAUGUCUCAUCCUACUCAACCUCAGCCACGUCCUCUCUUUCCGCAAGAUCUUUACUCUGCGUUAGGAGUUGGGCCGAGCAGACCCAUCUCCGAUGAUCAUUCGUCGUCCCGAUCCGCUUUCAUGGUUGGUGGAAGCGGAAGCGGAAGUAUUAGCUGUCAAGACUGUGGGAACCAAGCGAAGAAGGAUUGCCCUCACAUGCGGUGCAGAACAUGCUGCAAGAGUCGAGGCUUCGAUUGCCAAACCCAUGUUAAAAGUACUUGGGUCCCCGCUUCCAAACGCCGUGAGCGACAACAACAACUUACUGCGUUGCAACAACAUCAUCAACAACAACAUCUCGAAGAUGUUCCCAGAAGACAGAGAGAUCAUAACCCAACCUCAUCCUCUCUCGCCUGCACUCGUUUGCCUUCAAACCCCUCUCCCUCUUCAGGGUUAGAAGAGGUGAAUUUUCCAUCUGUGGUGAGGUCUGCUGCGGAGUUCAGAUGCGUACGUGUGAGCUCCAUGGACGAGGCGGAGGAGGAGUAUGCAUACUCAACAGCUGUAAACAUUGGAGGGCAUGUUUUCAAAGGAAUUUUGUAUGACUACGGUCCAGAUAACAGUAACUACAUGGGUGCUGGGGACAGUGGUGUUGCUGGUUUGAACCUUGCUGCAGCUGCUCCUACCACUACUGGUGCUGUUGUCACUGGGGCACUUGUUGAUCCUUCUUCGUUGUAUCCAGCUCCACUUAACACCUUCAUGCCUGGUAGUGGUACGCAAUUCUUCCCUCACCCACGAUCUUGAACAAACAUUCAAACCCCAAACAAACCAAACAAAGAAUUUUUAUUUUAUUUUUGUCUUUAUGGAUUUAUUUAGUGUAUCCCUUAUUCUUAUUAUUAUUCCCUCGCUCUCUUACUAUUUUACGAUGUUGUAGUAGUAAAUUUCAUACGCAUUCAACUAGGAGAGAAAGAAAGAAAGAAAAGACAACAUGAGAAAAUGCAGACGUUCGAUGUUUUGUUUUUUAUGCAAAUCAUCAAUGCUUGGUUAGUUUUAAAAUGUAUCAUUCUUUCUUCUUCUCUUUCUUCUCGGUAAGGAUAAUUUGGUUAGCUAGCUAAAGCUAUUUAAUUUGUUUCUUUCCCUGUACGAUAUAAUGGACAUAUAGGUUCUAAUAUUGUGCUGUACUGCGUUUUAGCAUUUUUUAUUAUUAUUUUUAGGGGUUGGUUUUUCCUUUCAAUGUUGAAUUAUGUUACAAUGUCUGGUUGGUUUUCAACUUCCAAGCUGCUUUUUCCCUGUUUACC